AGUAACUUCCGCCAUCCAACGAGGCCCGUCACUUCCUGUCUUAAUUUUCCUGACAGGUACUGUCUACUAUACUAUAGAGAAGAUGGCGGCGGCCGGAGAACCUGUUCGUUUAGAGAGAGAUAUCAACAGGGCUAUCGAGCUACUGGAGAAGCUGCAGAGAAGCGGCGAAGUUCCUCCACACAAGCUACACGCGCUACAGAGAGUCCUUCAAAGCGAUUUCUGCAAUGCUGUCAGGGAGGUUUAUGAACAUGUGUAUGAAACAGUGGACAUUAGCAGUAGCCCGGAAGUGCGAGCUAACGCCACUGCCAAGGCUACUGUAGCUGCAUUUGCUGCAAGCGAAGGCCAUUCCCAUCCCAGGGUUGUUGAGCUUCCAAAAACAGAAGAGGGUCUUGGAUUCAAUAUCAUGGGGGGGAAAGAACAAAACUCGCCCAUCUAUAUUUCUCGGAUUAUCCCUGGUGGUAUAGCAGAUAGACAUGGAGGGCUCAAGCGUGGAGACCAGCUGCUUUCUGUUAAUGGAGUGAGCGUAGAAGGUGAGCACCACGAAAAAGCUGUUGAACUUCUGAAAGCUGCACAAGGAAAGGUGAAGCUGGUGGUUCGAUAUACACCGAGGGUUCUUGAAGAAAUGGAAUCGCGAUUUGAAAAAAUGAGAUCGGCAAAACGCAGGCAGCAAAACUAAUUGAAAUGCACAAGCAAGACACAGACUUUGAAUUCCACCUUACAUGAAUUUGGGUUCAAGCUUUCAACCUACUGCUCUUAACAGUCCCAUUCUGCAAAGGUUUUCAGCCCUGAGCAUUUUGUAGACACUCCCUUCAGCAUUUGCAGUUGGAAUCCAGUCCCUUACAGGCCUUUCUCUAAGGAAUGUUAAAACGUUUACAGGGCAGUUUUUAAUUACCCACUUUUGUAAUAUCAAAAUAAUUUUUACUAUAGUGAUGUAAUUACACAUUUGUAGAGUUUUUUUUUUUCAAUACAACUGAAUCUUCAUCACUUUGUAUUCACCUGUAAGCUUUGUAUUAUUCAGAUUGUGCAUUAGAAUCUGUUAUAUCUGUUAAAUGUUUAUUGUAACUGAAUAUGCACAUCACAGAGUGGUUUGUAAAUAGUGGGUGUACAUUGCUUUUUAACUCAAGGUGUCAUGUAAAUCUAGCUUGCAACUAUUAUAAGAUAUGCUGUGCAGCUGUUACUGUCCAUUAUAUUCAGACUAAAUGUACAUUUUAUGAGUUGGCUUGGAAUCUAUACAUUUUGGUAAAAUACCUGCUGUCUUUUAAAAAUCAGAGCAUAUUCUUUGAUUAUUUUUUCUUAUUGCAGAAUAUUUAAAAUGUAGUCUGUGUGGCAGUUAGUUUAUUUGGUCACUAGAUGGCGCUAUAGCACCACGGUUCACAUAUGCACUACAUUGUUUAGUGGCAAGGAGAACCUUGAUUUAAUCAUAAUGCAGAACUGUAGUGCCCAGCUUAGCUCACCAGAGUGCACUAUUCAAGUCUUAUACUUAUUUUUUUUAUGGGGAUGCAGCAAAAAACAUGAUAUUGCAGUGUCAGCUUAUGUCUGUGUAGCUCCUUAUUGCUGAAUUUUGUGUAUAGAUCAUUGUAUAGGUUAAAAAAACAGCCAUACACCUUAAAGUGGCACAGCAGCCUCUGGUUGCCAAGUGGUUAAAUAAGCAGACCAGUAUUUGUACUUCUAUGCUUCUGUAAGGUUUUGACAAGAUAUCGGCAUAUUUUGAAAACCCUUAUGGCAGUGGGAUCCAUCAUUUGUAUCAUAAUCAGCAAUUCUACAGCUUGCAAAAGUGAUGGUUGAUGUAUUUUGUAAUAUAAUACUGAGUGACCUGGAUCAUUUGUACUGUAUUAAUAUUUAUUUUGUAACCCCCCCAAGUCCAAAGUAGAAUGAAAACGUUAGCGUGAAGCCAAUUAAGUUUGCUGUAACUAGAUAUGUUGCUUGAAUAUUUGCUUUUUUUUUUGGGGGGGGGGGUUCUGUGUCUGUUAGGAUGUAUCCAUUUUAUUCAUGAAUAUUGGUGCUUAUAAAAAUCGGUACUCUUGCAGAAUAAAGCUAAUAGCAACUUCACAUAUAUCAUCUACUUGUGCAAUCACAUUUAUUUCACUUAAACACAAUUUACAUUUUUUUUUCCCGCCAUCAAAAUAAAAUUGAAGGCUUAAUUAUAAACGUCACAUAUCAUGGGGUAAAACGUGUUGUUGCUAUAAAAUAAGCAAAUGUCAAGGUUGUGAUAAGUUAUUUAUUUUUUAUCAACCUUACUGAAGUGAAGAAUUCUAGUAUGAAUGGAAAAUUGAUGAAUAUGAGAAAUAAAAUUCAGUAUAGAAGUUCAUGGGUCUAUUAGACAUUAGGAAAGUACAUUAGGUAUUUUGUCUCUCUGGCUCAUAAUUGUUAAAAAGAAAUAUGACAAUUACUUUUUAUUUUAAAAUUACAUUUUUCUUGAAAUGGCAAGAAAUAUCCUUUUGCCCAAAAAAAUUACAAUAAAGAUUUUAGAUUUGUUGUUUUUUUUUAUCUUAGUUUCUUGCAUCAUAAGUGCAAAGAAGUUUGAUUCAAAAACUUCUGCACUAAGAUUUUUUUUUUUUUUAAAACUAGUGAUAUGAUUUUUAUUUUUUUUAUUAAAUAAAUCAGACUGAAGCUUACAUAAAAAUAUAAAACCAGGAUCUACAAAUAAUCCGAAAGAUCCAGCAAAAAAUGUGUGUCCUUUUUAAAAGCACAACUUCUUUAAUUUUAUUUUCUUCUGAAAGAUCCUUCAACUGUUAAGGUUAUUAUGACAGCAUUAUCAAACAUAAAUUCUAAUUUGCAGAAGUGUUUAUAUGCCAUUUUCUUUGUGUAAAUGCAUGUUUGUCAGUGUAAUUUGUCAUAGUUGUACAGGGAAGGUUUCCAAUCAUUUGUAGCAACACAUGUUCAGUUUAAGCCUGAAAUGCAUGAUUGUGUGCUCAUUGCUUGUGGUCGCUCACAUGCUAAUGUUUUGGUCAUUUACAUUAAUUAUUUUAGGGAUUUUAAAUGUAUGUUGAAGCCUUUUUAGCUACCAAUGUAUUCUUUUGUUAUUUAAAGGUAGAUUGAUUGAAAUGUUUUAGUGCUUUAUAGAUAAAAUGAUUCAAGUAAAAAUAAAAACAAUUAUUUGGAAAUACAAA